UGUGCAACGGAACCGGGUGGAAAGGUUCCGCCUCAGUGGGAAGGUAGGGGUUAGGAGCAGGGACCUUCCUUGGUCUUUUUGGGAGACGGUUGCCUUGGAGACGGGCGGAGCGGCAUGGCGGCGCUGAAGUACGCGGGUCUGGACGACACCGACAGCGAGGAGGAGCUUCCCCCGGGCUGGGAGGAGAGGACCACCAAGGACGGCUGGGUCUACUACGCCAAUCACCUGGAAGAGAGAACUCAGUGGGACCACCCAAAAUCUGGGAAACGGAAGCGAGUUGCUGGAGAUUUGCCAUAUGGAUGGGAGCAGGAAACAGAUGAAAAUGGACAGGUCUACUUUGUUGACCAUAUAAACAAAAGGACGACAUACCUUGACCCGAGGUUAGCAUUCACAGUGGACGAUAAUCCCAUGAAACCCAAUGCCAAGCAGAAGUAUGACGGAAACACCACUGCGAUGGAAAUUCUUCAAGGCCGUGACAUGAGUGGAAAAGUGGCCAUAAUUACUGGUGCCAAUUCAGGAAUAGGCUUUGAAACGGCGAAGUCCUUUGCACUCCAUGGUGCACACGUCAUUCUUGCUUGCCGGAACGCAUCGAAAGCAAAUGAGGCUGUGCAACGCAUCUUGGAAGAAUGGCACAAAGCCAAAGUGGAAGCAAUGACCUUAGACCUUGGAUCUCUUUCAAGCAUACGGGACUUUGCUGAAGCAUUCAGAGCUAAGAAUUUGUCUCUCCAUGUGCUGAUCUGCAAUGCUGCUGUUUUUGGUGUUCCUUGGCAAUUGACAGCAGAUAGUCUGGAAUCCACCUUCCAGGUCAACCAUUUGGGACACUUUUAUCUUGUUCAGCUCCUCAGAGAUCUUCUUUGUCGCUCAGCACCUGCAAGGGUGGUGGUGGUUUCCUCUGAAUCACACAGGUUCACAGAAAUCAAAGACAGUUCAGGAAAACUCGACCUCAACAUGCUCUCUCCUGCUAAGAAAGAAUAUUGGGCUAUGCUAGCCUACAAUCGAUCUAAGCUUUGCAAUAUCCUGAUGUCCAACGAACUCAACCGCCAGCUGUCCCCUCACGGCGUGACGUCAAAUGCUGUUCACCCGGGAAAUAUGAUGUAUUCGUCCCUCCAUCAGAACUGGUGGGUGUACACCCUGCUGUUCUCUUUGGCUCGCCCGUUUACCAAGUCAAUGCAACAAGGAGCCGCGACGAGUGUCUAUUGCGCCACAGCCCCAGAACUGGAAGGCCUGGGAGGGAUGUACUUCAACAAUUGUUGUCGCUGCCUGCCUUCGCAAGAGGCGCAGAACGAAAUGACGGCAACAGCCUUGUGGGAGCUGAGCGAGAAGCUGAUCCAAGAGCGAGUUGGCAGGCCGGGCAAGUAGCAGAAAGGUUCCUGGAAGGAUCAAGGCACGUAUGCAAUUGGCCGGACAGGAAAGCCGCUGGGGAAAAAGCGGAGAGCAUGAAAAGAAACCUUUUCCCGUUCCUAGUAUCUAGAAAGUUAUAGAGGCAGAUUAGCUAGUGUUAAAUGAAAUAGCAGCAGCCGUGAUGUGGGACAAAGCUUUAAGGUGGCGGGGAAAUGGAGCAGAAGGCAGAAACAAUGUCAUUUAGUUAAGAUUUUAGUCACCCUAGUUCUAUCUUUUGCAUUUUGAAAAGAUUGCAUGCUUUUCUUUAUAUUAAAGCUAACAUGAUUUGAGUCUGGAUCCUGUUCCUCCUAGUUACUCAGUUGAAUGUGUUGUCGAAGGCUUUCAUGGCCGGGACCACAGGGUGGUUGUAUGUCUUUCGGGCUGUGUGGCCAUGUUCCAGAAGUAUUCUCUCCUGUCGUUUUGCCCACAUCUAUGGCAGGCAUCCUCAGAGGUUGUGAGGUAUGGAGAAACUAAGUAAGGAAAGGAAUAUAUAUCUAUGUAGAGUCCAGGGUGUGGCAAGAGUCCUUUGUCACUGGGAAGCUAGCAUUAAAAUCUGGCUACCAGUAUUAAAAAACUCUAAAAUCAAAACAAUAGAUGGGAAGCAACACUCUGAGGGCAAAAGACAGCUAAUGACUGAACAAAGGAUGCCCCCAGGCAAGAGGCAAAAUCUUUCCAAUGCUAAUUAGGGUGAUUAACUGAAACAUUAAUGCUAGCUUCCCAGUGACAAAGGACUCUUGCCACACCCUGGACUCUACACAGAUAAAUAUUCCUUUCCUUACUUAGUUUAUCCAUACCUCACAACCUCUGAGGAUGCCUGCCAUAGAUGUGGGCGAAACGUCAGGAGAGAAUACUUCUGGAACAUGGCCACACAGCCCAAAAGACAUACAACAACCCUGUUACUCAGUUGACUUGAUUUAAUUCAAUGGGCCUAGUCGAACUGGAACAAGAGGAUCGAGGGUGUUGUGUUCAAAGUGUGCUUCAGGAAAAAGCCCAAAGAGAUCUUCACAUAAUAUUUUUUUCAAGAUAUGCAUAUACUUUCCCUCCUCACUCCAUCCCAACCUACACCCAUACAAAUAUUGCAUGAAUCCAGGACGUGUUUAUGGCUGGAAUCCUAUUGACAGCCCCAACUAGAGCUGACCCAUUGAACCAAUGGAAGCGACCUAGAUGUCAUCUCAACAUUAAUGGUUGCAUCAAUGCAUCAACUCUAGUUGGGGGUAACCAACUGAUUUCAAGUUUUUUCUUGUCUACAGAUAUAAUACAGUAGAGUCUCACUUAUCCAACACUCGCUUAUCCAAUGUUCUGGAUUAUCCAAGGCAUUUUUGUAGUCAAUGUUUUCAAUAUAUCGUGAUAUUUUGGUGCUAAAUUCAUAAAUAGAGUAAUUACUACUAGGCAUCGAUGGAAAAAAUGUUUCAAUUCUCGUUUCUAAAGUAGAGGGUACCGGCGCUUCGAUAUAGAAAGUAUUUCCGAAUUUUUCACCCAAAAAUUUCAGAUAUUUCCGAAAAUUCGUAAUGAUUCUAAAUGUUUCUAAAAUAGCAGACGCACAUGCGCAGUCGCAAAAAAAAAAGGAAACUGGGGGGGGGACUUUUACAGGGCUCUCCCGCCCUCAUUUCUUGAGCUAUCCUCAUCCAAUUUGGUACAGUGGGCGAUCACAUUCAACAGUCUUUGCUCAACAAAUUGCAGAACAUUUCCUGUCUUUUAUGAUUUUUUGGGGGAAAAAUUUAACGAAACAUUAAGACACAUUUAGAGAAUGGGCCAAUGAUGGUUCAAAUUACAUUGCUGGUUGCGCCCAGGGACGUCUCGGAACUCAAUUAAAAAAGCGAGAACAAUCCGAAAUAAUUCCGAUAUAAGAAUCAAAACGAUUUUUUGGACAACCCUAAUUACUACAUAGCAUUACUGCUUAUUGAACUACUUUUUCUGCCAAAUUUGUUGUCUAACAUGAUGUUUUGGUGCUUCAUUUGUAAAAUCAUAACCUAAUUUGAUAUUUAAUAGUCUUUUCCUUAAUGCCUCCUUAUUAUCCAACAUAUUUGCUUAUCCAACAUUCUGCCGGCCCGUUUAUGUUGGAUAAGUGAGACUCUACUGUAAUCAGGGAAUAAACUGCUUCCCAUGUAUGUGUACAUUUAAGGUGAGAACAGACAUCUGAAGUAGGUUGAAAUGGCCCAGAGAUGUUUUGUUUACCACCCACUUUGAAAACAAAACAGCUUUGAUCAUAUGGCCCAGCAAUCCCUCCGCAAUUUCAGUUUGCAGUUGAGGUUUGCUUUCAGAUGAGACAGUGUUCCUGUGCCAGUAUUGCCACUUGCUGUUAACAUUUUAUGAAAUAACACAAAAAUCUUAAUAAGUAAUCAAAAGACCAUCUUGACCACAAAUAAAAACUUGGCCUAAAAGGAGAAGGUGCCUCCAAGUCCAGGUCACUCUCCUUCCUAAUUAAAUAUAUUGCAAGAUAUCCAUAAAAUAUGAUAUUAAAAGGUACAUUUGCAAACCAUUCUCUAAAUACUGUGGGUAAUUGUGUCCCUUUACAAUCAGUCAAGAGGGCUUGAAACGUGUUUUCCAUCCAUAUCUCGGAUGCGAGCUUUACGGAGGAUUGGAGUACACUGAAUAUCCCCCUGUGUUCCAGUUUUCACUUUCUUUCUUGGUUUCUUUUCUUUCUCUCUCCCAAUUUAAAUGUAAUAAAAGAACAUGCUUGAAUAUGUCACCUGAAGAGCAAGUCUGGAUCCUGUGAAAGUCUUAGUUCCAUUUGUUUGUUUUUUUGUCCGUUUGUUUUUUAAGAAAAGAAAACGAAGAAAAAUCAAUGCCAUGAAAAUUUGUUCCAAGUUCAUUUGUCUGUAGAGAUUUUCUCCUCUCUUUUUUUGUGCUUUGUAGCUCGUCUUCAUGCCAGAAAAUUGUUGAAAGCCACCUGCAAUCCAGCAUCAUUUUUUCUGUAAUGAAAGAAACAAAUAAAAUGCAGUUAUUUGAACAGUU